AUGUUCCGGAAAUCUCAAGACGACGAUGAGCGAUCAGUUCGAAAACUCUAUAAGAGGCCGGAGGGCAUGAUUCAGCAAACCGCCUCACGCAGAGGAUCGAUAGCUGAAGAAAGACAAAUCGCCAAGAUUCGCAAGGACCGACCGAACAAUAUAGCACAGCUGGACAAUGGCAUCCCAAGAGAUCUCAUUGAGAAGGAAUGGAAGCCUGCCCAGCUGCAGAAUUGGAAUUGGUCGAAUAUUGUGCCAAGUCGUUCGUCAACCCUGCAAGAAGCAGGAUCGAAUGAUGAAUCCAACCGGCCAGCUCCAGUACACUUCAGAAUCGAGAGAAAGCCAAUACCAAUACUCAGUGGAGCAUCCAGCAACAACAGCCACAGCAGACAACCGACAAAGGGGUCUUUCUCGUGGCCGAGAUCACCAGGCAGGAGUUCAGAGCUACCAAAGCCGUCCAAUAUAGAAGAACAUCUUGCACAGAUCCCCGCUCCGACACUGAAUCGUUUCUAUCAAAACAGAGACGUCGAUAUCAUUCUCACGGGACCUGAGAAUUAUUCCUGGUGGGCUAUGAAUAAGAAGCGCCAAUUCAUCGAAUCCAACGCGUGGCUGACAAUUUCGGAAGACCUAAGCUGCGUGCCGGGAGAAAGCAACUACCAGGUGCACCACCACAAUCUGUUCAAAAUAGCCUGGUUCGGUAUUAUGGAAAGUGUGUCUCCAGAGAUACGUCGAAUUCUCAAUGUCGACUGGCGGGGUAAUCCGCGCGGAGCUUGGCUCUACCUGGAGAGAACGUACGGUUCAGUAUCGGCAACCACGCUUUGUUCUAUGAGGGGUGUCCGCGACAUGCUUGAUCUCAAGUACGACGAUUGUGGAUCUUUGACGGAUUUCCUUGGUCUCAUGGUGCAAUAUUGCCGUGCAAUCCAGUGUAAUCAGCAGGGAAAGCAGGGUACUGAAUGGCUGUGGUGUCAAUUUAUUCUGGUGAAAUUGGGGCCAAAGUGGGCGCCUUGGAUUGCUGACUUGAUGGAUCAAAUUGAAGAAAUAGACAGUCCUUUAGACUUGUUAGUAGAUAUGCACCGAUUGGUGGAGGAACUUUUGAAUGAGGAUGAAGAGUGCAAGAAGGCGGAGUUUCAGCGGCGCACAACUGCCGGAAAAGAUGGGAAGAUGAGAUUUCCUUUACUUUGA